CCGGGUCUCCGCCUCAUUGAAAAGCAUCCAGGAACGUCCAUCACCUUCUGAGGCUGACUUGCCACGGAUGCCACGCAUUUGCAGGUCGUACAAGCGCUCAUUCUGAAGCCAUGUACUCCGGUUUCACUUUCCUUUGGAACUUGAUGCCUGUCUUUGUCCAUUCUUACUCCACUCAUCAUUACUCAUUUGCCGUUACCUGAGUCUCUCGUUGUCUAAGCUUUCAUCCACCCAAGGCCACCAUGACGAAUCUAUCAUUUCGCGAGCAGGGCAAUGAGCGAUUCAAAGCCGGCGACUACAAAGAGGCCGAGGAGCUGUAUAGCGCAGCGUGUGUCUUGUCUGACCGAUCCGCCAUUGGCCGUGACUGACUGUGUCGUAGCAUUGCUGAACACUCUCGCUCUGAUCCCAAAGUCUUUGCGAACCGAUCUCUCACACCACUAAAGCUACAAGAUUGGCAGGGCGCCGAGUCAGAUGCUAGAAAAGCGAUCGAACUAUACGGCCCCAAAAAUGAAGCUCAAGCGAUGAAAUCGCACUACUACCUUGCACAAGCACUCCUGCCUCAGCGACAUGUCGGCGAAGCUCUAUCCGAGGCGAAGCAUGCAUAUACGACUUGUCUAGAGAACAAAGAUUCCAGCGCAGAAUUGAUCGGUCAGUUCAUACUCAAAGCAAAGCAGGCGCAGUGGCAAGCGAAAGAGACGGCACGAUUACGAGAGUUGAACGCUACACAAGCGCUCGUCGAAGAUCUACUCAACCAGCAACUCGAUCGGGACAAGAAAGACGUUGAGGAUAGGUUCGCAAGACAAGAGAUCGGCGAAACUGGUCGACGCGAGGAGAUCGAAGAGUUGGAGAGAGAGGCCGAUGAGAGGCGGAGUAAUAUUAGGAAGGCUUUUGAGAAUUCUGCCAAUCCUGACACGGUAGAAAGGGUCGUGCCGGACUGGUUGAUCGAUCCCAUCACGUUCGAGGUCAUGCACGAUCCGGUCGUUACUUCAACCGGUGUUUCGUACGAGCGGACGAGUCUGCACAGGCAUAUCAAAGCGCACGGGUGCGAUCCUCUAACGAGGCAGCCGUUGAAGAUGGAUCAACUAAUACCGAACGUGGCGCUGAAGAAUGCUUGUUCUGAGUUUUUGGAUAAGAACGGGUGGGCUGUCGACUGGUGAUUUCUCUCGGAGUAUUCGUGACUGGUUUGAGUCAGAUCUAUUGAACAGUCUCGUGAGCGACGGCGUUUGGAUGCGUCUCGAACUCUUGAGUUGUACGUGCAAGCAAGCAUAGCAGACAAUGCGGUCGCGUGAUACAGCAGCGUCCGUUUGAAUCCUUUCGUAGGAGCAGUUGAUGUGUGCUGAAAGUAUAGAACAUCUUCUCGCCUGAUCCCCUGGCGGGCAGCAUCAAAGAAUAUUGUAAGGGCCACUGAAGAGCCCGUGGGAGCCUAAGCGAUCCCUCUGCCUCGGCUGGUGCAUUGUGACUGAC